CCAAGUUCAUCCCCCCGCCCCGACGAUCUCGCCGUUGACUCCGACACUCAGCACAGCAACUUCCGCUUUCUCCGCUUUCGAACCCUAAAAGCUUAGUCUGCGCUCAAAUGCAGGCGCAGUGCACCUGGUCGUGCCGCCGUGAGAUGCUCGGUGCGCUGACAUCGAAAUCCUCCUCCCUCUUCGCUUCCUUCUCCGGGCAUCUCCAGCGCCGGUCCUCCGCAGCAGCCGCGAGCGGAAGACGCCGGCCGCCUUCGUUCGCCGCCAUGUCCACCGUCGCCACCGAGAAAGAGGCGGCCCCGAACCGGAAGGAGUCGGGCGGCCAGCCCUUGCAGGUUGCAAAGCGCUUGGAGAAAUUUAAAACAACAAUAUUUACACAAAUGAGUAUGCUUGCCAUCAAAUAUGGAGCCAUAAACCUUGGACAGGGCUUCCCCAACUUCGAUGGACCUGAAUUUGUAAAGGAAGCAGCAAUUCAAGCAAUUCGGGAUGGCAAGAACCAAUAUGCCCGGGGUUAUGGAAUACCAGACUUGAACUCUGCUAUAGCUGCUCGGUUCAAGAAGGACACUGGCCUUGUGGUGGACCCUGAGACGGAAGUUACUGUUACCUCCGGGUGCACUGAGGCAAUUGCUGCAACUAUAUUAGGAUUGAUAAAUCCUGGUGAUGAAGUGAUCCUCUUUGCUCCUUUUUAUGACUCUUAUGAAGCCACUCUGUCUAUGGCUGGUGCCGAUAUAAAAUGCAUCACGCUGCGCCCCCCGGAUUUUGCCGUCCCCAUUAACGAGCUCAGGUCUGCAAUAUCGAAGAAAACCCGUGCGAUACUUAUGAACACCCCCCAUAACCCUACUGGAAAGAUGUUCACUCGGGAGGAGCUUAAUGAGAUUGCUUCUCUCUGCAUUGAAAAUGAUGUUUUGGUUUUCUCCGAUGAAGUCUAUGAGAAGCUGGCUUUUGAGAUGGAUCACAUUUCCGUUGCCUCUCUUCCUGGGAUGUACGAUCGAACAGUGACCAUGAAUUCCUUGGGGAAGACGUUCUCAUUGACCGGAUGGAAGAUUGGAUGGGCUAUUUCUCCUCCACACUUGACGUGGGGAGUGCGGCAGGCGCACUCUUUCCUCACGUUUGCUACUUCCACCCCUGCACAGUGGGCCGCCGCUGCAGCACUGAGAGCCCCUGAUUCUUACUACGUGGAAUUAAGGAGGGAUUACGCAGCAAAGAAGCAAAUUUUGGUGGAGGGAUUGAAGGAGGCUGGUUUUAAGGUAUUCCCUUCAAGCGGCACAUACUUUGUAGUUGUAGAUCAUACCCCUUUUGGUCUGGAAAAUGAUGUCGCGUUCUGCGAAUUCUUGAUCAAAGAAGUUGGAGUGGUGGCGAUCCCGACUAGCGUAUUUUACUUGAACCCGGAGGAGGGUAAGAACAUAGUGAGAUUCACAUUCUGCAAAGAUGAGGGAACUCUGAGGUCUGCGGUCGAGAGGAUGAAGGAGAAGCUGAAGAAAACAUAAAAGGGGGAGCGAUCAGGAUCAACCUCAAGCAAACUGUGUCAACGGACGAAUUCUUUGUAACAUCGAGCAUCUAGUACCGGAGAUCAUCGGAUUCUUGAUCGUAAGUCGCCAAUGAUAGUUGAACUUAUGAUGCGAUGAUGCUGUUCCAAUUGAUUUAUCUGCGAUAUGAGGCAACUGUCACAAAGACGCCAUAAUAUGAACUGAAUAAUCCUUUGCUAAA